GUGGUAACAAAAGGUUCCGCUACGGUACGCAACCACAAAUCAAGAGCCGGAUAGCACGUUAGUUUAGAUACAUAAAUAAUGUACUCAAUAUUUGGUUUUUAUGAUGAAUUAGAUUAUUUGACAUUUUGCUAUCAAGUAUUAAUCAUAAUACUGAUUGGAAUAUCUCUAUUAACUUUUUUUAAAAUUUUGUGGAGCAAAAUAUUUAGUUCAGUGAACAUUAAUUGCUGGUUUUGUGGUAAAGUUUCAAAAAUAGAAAAAAGUUGUUCUAAUUGGUGGUUUUGUCUAGAGUGCGAACAAUGGAAUGGCUUUAAAGAGGAUGGUGACUAUUAUCAAAUUAUUCCUGAAAUGUAUGAGACACCAGUGCAUUCAGUUAAUGAAGCAAAUCUUCCAAAUGAAAAAAGUUUGCUAUGCCAAGCUUGCUUGUCAAAACAAAGUCGUAAAAUAAAUGAGCUUGCAGCUUUUGUUCCUAAAGAUGAGAAACAUUUUGAAUUGGAGAGCGAUGAUUUUGAAAGAUUUUUAAACGAAAAAUACAAACCUUGUUUGUCAUGUCUUUCAGUUAUAUCUUAUCAUCUCCAGGAACAAGAUAAACAAAUUCACAUGACUCACUCGCAAAGCAGUUCUUCGUCUAGCUUGAGGAAAUUAAACAUGAACAGUACAAGUAGUUCAUCCAAAUCCAUUUUUAAAUGUGUGGUUAAAUUAAUGUUAUUGCUUGCAUUAUUAUGGUUGUAUAGGCUUCCCACAUACAUCUCAGCAAAAUAUCUGCUUGUUUAUCCUAUUUGCUUUUUCAUUUACUUCAAUAUCCUAUAUAAGACAAGAUCUUUCAGAUUCAAAGGAUUGGUGUCUAUACUUGGAGUGCUUCUUUAUUAUUUUGGAGAAUUAAAGUUAGUUACCAUCUUUGUAUUAUUUUCUUAUCUAAUUGAAGUUAUAUCAACUGUUUGGGAGUUGUUAAAAUGGAUUUUCCAAACAAAAGAUUUUUAUCAACAAAAAAUGAGUUUCAGUAAAGUUAAAAAACUUCAACAAAACCACAAAAUCGGCAGUUUUCCAGCAGAGGGAAUAGUUAGUAAUGGUUUCAAUAGAGUUGAAAGUUUUAAUGAUAUUCCUCCCCAGGGUAAUUCUAUAGUUACGCCUGAUUUGCUUCAUGGCCAUUUAGAUGCAAUGCAAAUAGGAAAUAAAGAUUCCACAUUGGGAUUUAAAGGUAUGGUGAAUGAAAAGAAUCAUGUAAUGGCAGCUCUUAAAUACAAAGAUGUUGUAAAUAAUAAAAAAGUUGAUUCCUCGCAGCGUCCGCUACUCCGUCCGGCAACUUUUAUUUUACAACAAAAAAAAGAUUCUAGUUUACCAGACAGAACUUUACAAGAUGAUGAGCCUUUUACUAAAAUAAAGACGAAUUUAGUUUUGAAAGAGAAAGGUAUUUCUUCUGAAGCAGUCGCCUUGAAUAAAAGUUCUAUUUCUCGAAAGAAGUUAAAUUGGACAUAUUUUGCUAUUGGCGGCCUGGUGAUUAGCUUUUUAUUUAAUAUUUAUUUAAUUUCCAAGGAGUUUUAGGUUUAUAAUUUUUAAGUUUUUUUUUUUUUUUUUUUCAUGUAAAUAUUUUUUUUUUUUUUUUUUUUUUUUUUUUGUAAUUAAGGUUUUCAAUUUAAAAAAACUAGCGCAGUGUACUUUUCUAUAAAUCUCACUUGAGGCUGCGGCGCAACCAUAAAAAAAGGAGGAAUUUUUUUUUUUACUUUAUUUAAAAAAUUUCACAUGUAAAUUUGCUAAUAUUACUUUGUGUCUUAUCUGGAUAGAAAAGUGGACGUGAUUUAAAA